UUCUAAAGCUGUUGUCCUAGCACAGGCCCAGAUAUAAGGCUUGAUAAAGUGCUCAGGGUGAAGCUGGAGCCACUGAGGCAGGACUAAUAAAACCCUCUGAACUUUUGCCUUUUCUUCAUGAGGAAGUGAUUCAGGCUCUGCUUUUGCAGCUGCCCUUGCCCUCCCAUCCUAGCAAAGCUGGGAUCAGUUGGCUCCUCUGUUACAGUGAAGCCCGGAGUCAGACAUGGUUCAUAACCUUUGGGGGGCAGGUUGUGGGCAGCUUUUCUCUCUUCCCUAGGCAGAUCCAGUAACUUUGAAGGUCUCCUGGAGCCUGAAGCAGCCGCCUGCAGCUCGGGAGCAGUGUACAGGGUGAGGGCAGAGGGGCUGUGGGGAGCAGGUGGUGUGUGUCGGGAGCAGCUUAGGCACUGGCCCCUCCCGGCGGGACAGGGCAGGGCUGUCCGGGCGUGGGCAGUGGCUGCGUGGCGUUCCCGCUGGCGGUGCAGCUGUGUCCCAGAUGUGCAGGCGGGCGCGCAGCCGGGCGGCGGCGGCAGAGGGAGCCCGUGCUCCGCGUGUGCGGCCCGGAGGCGCGGGGAGGAGCCAGCCCGCGGCCGUCCUGCCCGAGCGGGGCCUCGCUGCGCUCCUACCGGGGCUUUGUGACCUCUCCCGACCCCCGGCCAGCGGGAGCUGCCCGGCAGCGAGCCUGGGCCAGCCUCGGCCGACACUGUGCUUACACAGGGCACCGGCUCACCCCAUCUCCUGCCACUCCAGGCUGUGUGCUGCGACUCCUUGUCUCUUACUGAUUCCAUUUCCCUGACAUAAUUACACGAACUACGCGUUUGGCUCUUUGCUCAUCCUGGUUUCCUGUUCAGAUGAGCCCCGCGAAGGAUGCUGCUGGGCUGGAUAUAACUGUGCUGCCAUCACGCCAUGCUUACGGAGACCUGUGAGGAUGACCGACGUGGGAAGGAGGGAAAGUUAAAGGGAAGAGAAAUGCAGGUUCUUUUUUCCUAGUGAAUCAGUAGAAAUUAUCUUUAUUCAGUGUGGGACGUGUAUUUAUAAAACUCUGCUUGCACAGGAAACCCCUAGAACUUUUCUUAAUGUCCUCAGCAAACGUGGUCGGAUUUAGCUACGGGAUUUACUAAGAGCUGUUACACAAAUAAAUAAUGAAGUACAAAAUUAGCAGCAGAUCAACAAGCUGUGCUAAAGUCAGCAAUGAGAAGGGAAGAAGCCUUCACAGUCCCAGAGAGGCUGCCUGGCCUGUGGCUGUGGGAGCAAAAUUCAGCUGCUCAGGAGUUUGCUUUGCAGAAGUACAAAAGGGUGGGCAAAAGACAUGUUAUCAUGUUUUCUUUGGCAGGAGUGGAAAGGCAGAUGAUACUGUGUCUGGAGUUUCAGGAGUAGUUCUAUAACUUUUGUCCACUGGUGCUCGGCAGUGUGCUCACUUCAGAGCCCCGCUGGGACGUGCUGCAGAGCUUGCCUCCAUGCUGGGCUGAGGAGCAGGAAAUCCAGGCUGCAUCCCUGGCCCUGUCACAGCCUGCCUCUGUAGCAGGGAGCAAGCCUUGGUCCUCAGGGUAAUAGUCCAUGAUGUGAAUGAGCUGACAGAAAAGCUGUUUCCCAUCGUUGAGGCCAUGCAGAAACACUUCAGCGCUGGAUCGGGGACCUACUACAGCGACUCCAUCUUCUUCCUGUCAGUUGCAAUGCAUCGCAUCAUGCCCAAAGAAAUAACACAGAUCAUCCAGGUAGACUUGGACCUGAAGUACAAGACCAACAUCCGAGACCUGUUUGAUGAGUUUGACAACUUCCCGGAGGGAGCAGUCAUUGGGAUUGCCAGGGAAAUGCAGCCGGUGUACAGGCACACUUUCUGGCAGUAUCGCCAUGAGAACCCCCAAACCAAAGUUGGGGAGCCCCCUCCUGAUGGGCUACCAGGCUUCAACAGUGGUGUCCUGCUCCUGAACCUGGAAGCCAUGAGGCAAUCCAAGCUCUACAACCAGCUGCUGGAGCCCACCAUGGUGCAGAAGCUGACAGAGAAGUACCACUUCAAGGGCCACCUUGGGGACCAGGAUUUCUUCACUAUGGUGGGGAUGGAGCAUCCAGAGCUUUUCCAUGUGCUUGACUGCACGUGGAACCGGCAGCUUUGCACAUGGUGGAGGGACCAUGGAUACAGCGAUGUGUUUGACCAGUACUUCCAGUGUGAGGGGGAGGUCAGAAUUUACCAUGGGAACUGCAACUCCCAAAUCCCUGAAGACUAAAGCGCUCACUGCCCCCAGGGGCAGCUGUGACUGCAGCAAGACCUGUAAAACCAUAGUGGCUGCACUAACAGUCCUUCAGGAAGGGUGACCAGCUCUGAUCCAGCAUAAUCGAGAUCCAAGAGCAUUCAGUAUCCCACUGCCUGUAGCCUCACCCUCCAAGAGGAAGGGCAGUUCAGUUGUUGGAACAGGACAUCCACAGCCACCGUAUCUAGGGCUCUGCUUGGCAAAGUCCAUGGUGCCUGUCUGUGCCUCAGCUGUUGGGGCAUGUGGAUAGCUGAGGGGCCAUCAGAGACCACUGCUUUUGCACUAGGCAGGGUCCAGCUCCCUGGGUGCUGUGCAGCUUUGCCUUGUCUGAUGGUCUGCAGGAGUCCCCAGCAGGCAGUUGGGUUUCAUCUGUCAUUCUUUGGUGGCCCAUUUCUGCACCUCAUGCAGAGAAUUGGUCUGGUCCCUCCAGAAAGCAGACACUGUCCUCAGGUCAUCUUCCUUUUGAAGCAUUCCAGAAAGGCGAGAGGGCUUUAAAGACUGAAAAGCUGCUUUAAAUGUGGUUACUUACAAACAGAAAUUGAAUUCUAGAUAAGCUUUAAAGCCUUUUGUCAGUUCUUCUUAGCAAUAAAAGCUUUACUGCCCUAUGUUGUUCCAGAAGUGUUCAGUGAGUGUGUAGCAAUAGGUUCAUUUUUCUAGCUUUGCCUUUAACCUUUCAUACGAGAAUAAAGCCUCAGAUGUCAGACA